AUGAGCACCAAAGAAAGAGAUAGCAAUGGCUUCAACGCAUACGCAACACUACUCACACGGCCGAGCUACCUUGCCGGCGCGCUCCUCCUCGCGUAUACACUCAACCAACAUUCCCCCAGCACCCCCCUGGUCAUCCUCUACACCCCAGAAACUAUGUCCGAGCCCUCAAUAAACGCCCUCCGCGCCGAAGCAAAACACUCAAACACUAUCCUUUACCCUGUGGAGCACCUCCGUCUGCCUACUUCAGAUGAUGACGGCAACCACGGCAUGGUCGCUGAGCGCUUCAUCGACACCUGGACGAAACUCCGCGUCUUCGAAUUGCUCGAGCUAAACGGGAAAAGGGUCGAUCGUCUGUGUUUUCUCGACGCCGAUAUGAUGAUUUUCAAGGACCCCUCGCCGUAUAUUUUCAAUGCAGAAAACGACGCGUAUCUGGCUGGUGGUGACGGAAAAAGGAUGUGCGCUACACACAUCUGCGUGUGCAAUCUCGACCACGACUCUUGGGCUCCGAAGUCCUGGGUCCCGGAAAACUGUGCGCACACUCAUGUUCAAGGGCCCGACGACGUUCCGGAGGUUAAGAGCGAGCCGAGUACCAUGGGCGAGAUGAACACGGGGACGUUCGUGUUCCACCCAUCUGCUGAACUACGCUCGUUCGUGUUCGGCAAGUUCGAAAGCACACCGUCGAAGGAGCUGAGGAAGUUGAAGUUCCCAGAUCAGGAUUUCUUAAACAUCGUGUUUGAUGGACGGUGGAAGAGUCUCAGUUGGCGCACCAACGCGCUCAAGACGUGGAGGUACUGGCAUGCGAACAUGUGGCGCGACGCUGAGGUCGCGGUGUUGCAUUACAUUGUUGAUAAGCCGUGGGCCGCACGAGUUCAGAUGUCCUCCGACGGGAAGAAGGUUGCGGGGUACAAGGGCGACGAUGGGGAUACACAUGGCUGGUGGUGGGACGCGUUCGCGCGGUGGACCGAGGAGAGGAGGAAGCAGGGCGAGAAAGAGCUGCUGGAGACGGCGGAGAAGUAUGUGGCGAGUGAGGACGGGAAGGAUAAUGAGGAGAUGCGGGCGGUCGGCGGUGGGGCGCAGGAGUUUGCAAAGAAGUGGAAGAAUGGGAAGGCUGUUGAAGAUGGCAAGGAAGAGAGUAAUGGAGCAGUGAGCGGCAACCCUCCUGAUGGUAAAGAGGACUUUGGAAAGGGACCACAUGGGCCGAUUCUGCGCAAGCCGAUGCUCGGAGAGAGGGGCCAUGGACGGGUCGUGCGUCCAAGGUGA